UCUCUCUGCUGAAAAAAAGCAUUAGACGACAUCACACGUCCAGCAUAGCGCAAGGCACCAUGAGGAUCGGACAGACGAACCCAUCUCUAUUAUCUGAACAACACCAGACCCACCUGUUGAUACUCUUCAUAACUCUUAUAACAGGGGCCUUUACAGAUGAAGUUGUGAUUCGAGCUCCUUUGGGUGGGAGUGCGACUUUUAAAUUCAAGGUUACAAGAGACAUGACAGUAAGCCUCGCUGAAUGGAGCAGGUGUCCGGAUCACAAGGUUUUUGUGUUCAGCCCCAGCCAUGGACUCAGUAUAGUUAACAACAACUAUGCUGGUCGUCUAUUUGCAAAAUCAAACCACAGCGUUAUACUGGAAAAAUUACAAGAGAGCGACUUUGUGACUUACUGCUAUAAACUCAGCACUUUCCCGCAAGGGAGUCUUCAAGGACAAAUUAAUCUAGUGAAAAGGACAGAAAAUGGUCUCCCCAUCACAGUGAUGAUCUCGGUUGGUUGUGGCAUUGGUUUAAUAGUACUAUGUGGAAUCAUCACUGGAGUGGUUUGCUAUAAGAAGAGGAGAAGUAACCCAGCAUUGAAUCCUGGAGGCCUUCCCAGUGGUCAGUCCAACAAACCCAAGAGCACUCGCACACAGAGUGAGGAAGAGUUGCAGAUUGAGGACCACAAUUAUCUGAAUAUUACUUAACUCAAUAUGUCUA